GGCGGCCUUAUCUGGACGACCUCGUUGUGUCCAGCUGUCGCUUCUCCAGCAUCGGUUGCAUGCCCUUUUCACGUCGUGCCUCAUGUCUGGCUCCAGGACGUGAAUCCGGCUUAUCUCCUAGUCUGGAAUCUCGAUUUUUAGUGGUUCCGCAACGAAGUCAUGAAGUUACCCCGUCAGACGAACCACCGACGGUGAACCUAUUCUUCUUUGUGACUCCACAGAUUCGAUAGCUUUUCGCGCUUUCUUGGUUAUCAGGCGACAAAAUGAGUUUUCUUGAUUCUGUUCUUUCGUCCAUCGAGACGGGCAAACCGUCUCCAAUUCCACCCACCUCCACCUCUCCGUCGCCUCCUGUAUCCUCCGCGAAUGCUAAGGCAGAGGUUCGCAAGCCGACUGCCGUUCCUCGAGAUCGCGCUCCCGAGCGCAAACCUCUUGUUGCUGGAAUUAAACGGAAGGCUGAGGAGCAGUUGCCCCGUCCCGCAAAACCUGUUCCCCCGGUACCCGCCAGGACAACUGUCACGACUACGACGAGGCCUGCCACAUCCACGGCCCCUAGGCCUCGUCCUGCUGCUCCUUCUACCACGGCGACGGCCGCAAUCAAGAGCCGCUCGUCCACUCCGCAGAAGGCACCCCCAGUGUCAUCGAAGCCCCCUCCUAAAGGCUCUUUCGCGGAUCUCAUGGCGAAGGCUAAGCAGCUACAACAAAAGGCCCCGACUCAAGUGGGCAUGUUCAAACACCAGGCUGCACCGAAAGAAAAGCUCAGCAAGGUGGAACGCAAGAAGAAGGCGGCGGAGGCAACAUCUAAGGAGAAAGAUGCGCGGUCGGCGAAGAAGCCUGGCGUUGCUCCUGGUGCAGCUGCAGGCACUAAACCUGGCGACGGCAAGGUCGUUAAGAAGCGAGAACCCGAGCCACUAUCUUACAAAGGCACUGCACGACCGACUCCGACUGCUGCAAGCCAAAAUGAAUACCGAGGAACUUCCGGCCUGCCUCCGCGAAAGACCUCUGCCGAUCGAAAGGCACAGUCACGAGCCAGUAAACGGUCUCGAAUGGACGAGUACCUGGGGACCGAUGAAGAAGACGAAGGAGAGUAUGCGGAUGACUACGAUGACUACUACUCGGAAUCGUCCGAUAUGGAGGCGGGCCUGGACGCCAUGGAGGAAGAAGAAGCUGCCGCACUGGCGGCGGCCAGACGGGAGGAUGAGGAGGAAUGGCGCGCGGAGCUGGCAGCCAAGCAGCAGAAGCUGGACCGCCGCAAGAAGCUGACCGCUUUGGCGGCACGCCGAUAAGGAGCCCCGAUGAGCUCCCACAAUCUAUAAUCAACAACUAUAUCCCGCUAGUAAAUUCACCCGGACUUCAGCAUUUUCGUGGAAUCCUUUUGUUUUUGGAACCGGAGCAUCAGCGAGGAAUACCCCGAGGGUGCGUUACAUACGACGUUACUAGUCUUCUUUGUUUUCAUUUGUCCUUUCUGUACCAUUUGGAUGAGCAUCAGCGAGCGUCAAGGUGUCGAUAGAUGGAGGGUCAGUCUCUUUCUUCAUUUCACUUCACAUAUUAUCAAGUUACAUACAAUAACGGGCGUCACCGUCACUGUCAC